CACCGAUCUCGGUACGAUCCCCGUAUGGCAGAGCGUGAAGAUCCAUGGCAAGUUCUGACGCUUCUAGUACGGUCUCAUAUCGCUCAGCAUCGAACGGCUCUCCAAACAGGAUGUUGUCACGCACGUCCAGGUUACGGAUCCAAGUUUCCUGACUAACGUAGGACACGUCACCCCUGAGAUCCAAACUUCCGCGUUUCAACGUCAUCUCACCAAGUAGAGCAUUCAGUAAACUCGAUUUGCCAGCACCCACAGUACCGAUGAUCAUCACGAGUGAGCCAGGGUCGAUUUCCAGAUUCACACCUUCGAGCCGAAAGCUCUGCUGCUCUCUGUCCCUUGUAUCAGCUCCGACACCAGAUAUCGACGCUCUCAUACUUAAAGUACUCGGACUGGAGGGGAGACUGUUGUAGUCCAUUUCGUAUCGAAUCUCGGAAGCUUCUCGCAGCGUAUGAGUCGAUAUUUCAUCUCCGUCAAGAGCAGGUGUGACCACCACGACACCAGGCGUGUUGCUGGGCAAUGGCCACUCGAAGUCAGCGUCACGAACGGAUAUACUACCGACAGCAGCAGCAGAAGUCACAGAAACGUUGGCUGCGCCAUUCUCCAAUUGCACUUGGCCGUACUCGUCGCUGGAAAGGUACAGAUCGAUUCGAGCGAACGCAAUCCGAGCCUGCGAGAACGCGGAAAUGGCGACAGGGAGCUGGAUCAACGCAGUUCGGCAGAUGUUGACCAUGGCGAUGAGAGUGAAGGCAUCGAUAACCGAGAUGGUGUCAUUGACAGCCACGCAGAUUCCAAGUGUAACUCCAGACAGGAACGCCGGAGUGAGGAAGAGCAUUACUGUGUUGACGACUUGGUACCGGUGGAACUUGCGCAGCAGCGUAAUCUCCUUGGCGCGAAUCUUCUCGACGCGGAGUGCGAGCGAUUCUUCCCAAGCGUAAAACUUCAUGACACGAAUCCCUUGCAACGACUCGGACGUGACUUUCACACGUUCGUCGAUCACAGUCAGAAGAUCGUGCUGAAUCCGUGCAAUGGUAUUGCCCAACUGCACCGAUAUAAUGCUGAUAACGAUCAAAGCGAUAGCUCCACCCGCUGCAGAGUAAAAGUCGAAGAGAAACCCGACGAGUACAACGGAAAUGAUGAAACUCACGGGUCCGACCACAAGCCACGGACUCUCCAUCAUCACAGUGAAUACACGUUCGGUAUCAACACUCAUGAGUGUCAACACCUCGCCUGUUGAAUACUGUUGACGCGCCACACACGAUAGACGUAGGGACUUCUGGUACACCAGAUCCAUGACCAGCGAUCGCAUGUUAGCACCCGUUCUA